UGUCCCAGCCAGAGGUUCCCUUUUUGUUACGGCCGAUUUUCUGGGCGCCCUCUGUAACAAGCACUCCACAGCUUUUCAUUCAUUGGUUCUGGUCGAUAGGAAAGCGGUAAGGAAUGUGCACUUAUUAAUAUUCAGUCCACGGGAGGGUUCGGAUGCAGAAACUGGAAGAAAUGUCUAAAUGUGUGUGGUUUAGAGAGACUGGUUGUGAAUUCCACAUCACAUGUUACUUCUUAAACAAGGUGUGAAGCAGUGAGUCAUUUUCUAGCGAACACCUACACCAGUACACAUGAGGGUGAACCUCACUAUCUACAAGAAAAGACGUCCAUUCAUCUGCAUUGCUGGAAUCAUUUGAUGGAGCAAACACAAUGCCCUUGAUCAUUUUCCAAACCUGUCUGAGAGGGAUCUACAGUUGUCACUGGAACAGUCAAAGUAAUACGCGACGAAAAACGGCAUGCUACUGGUUCUCUUUUCUUUCUUUUGUAUCCUUACUUGCCCUGCCUUGGAUGUACAUUUGUUAUAUUGCAUACAAUGACCACAGUGAUUUAAAUUGGACGGCCUUCAAAACACUUAAAAAAUGGGUGAACUGGUACAUGAUAUUGUUAGUCAUUUCUGCUGUGAUAGCCACAUACUGCCUUCUUCUACAGGUAUUUGCAUUACUGCAUUUUGCACUCCGAGAACCCUUGGUUUUACACUGGCUGCAUAAGGUAUUGCUGAUCUUGGGUCUCCUCAUUGUCACUCUUAGCACAGCUGGGAUGAGCAUAAAAUGGAAAGAGGAGUGGAAAACUGUCUAUAUGUCAUUUCAGGCCACUGCUCCGUUCCUGCAGCUGGGUGCUCUGGUGGCUUUGAUUCUGAUCAGCUGGCUUGUGUUUCAGAGUUACCAUAGAGCAAAAACAACUGCUUGUAAGGUCUUCAUUAUGGUGACGUUCCUGAUAGUGUCAGCUGCCGUGUUCCUGUCCCCUCUUGUAAUCUGCUCUCCAUGCAUCACCAAUACUCUUCCCCCAAAGCCUGCACUCAUUGGACAUCGCGGUGCUCCUAUGCUGGCUCCAGAGAACACCAUGAUGUCAUUCCGGAGGAGUGUGGAGUGUGAAGUUGUGGCAUUUGAGACAGAUGUACAGCUCAGUAAGGACAUGAUGCCUUUUCUCAUGCAUGAUGAUGGCUCAAAUUUUCUGCUAAGAACGACUGAUGUGAAAUAUAAAUUUCCAGGACGAGAUAGCUCCACGCACACCAACUUCACAGUGCAAGAGUUAAAGAUGUUAAAUGCAGGCGAAUGGUUUUUAAUGACAGAUCCAUUUCGAUCAGUCUCAUCGCUCUCAGAGGAAGAGAAGAUGCAAGCUAGGAAUCAGACUGUGCCAAUGCUAUCAGAGCUCUUGGUCAUGGCCAAAGAGCAUAAUGUCUCCCUCAUAUUUGACCUAAAAAAUGAGAAAAACUCAACGGAAUUCUACUACAGCGACUCCUAUUAUACUAUUGAAACCAUCAAAAAAUCAGGCAUCUCACCAGACAAGAUAUGGUGGCUUCCUCCAGGAUUUAGAAACGAUGUGAGCAAGAUUGCACCAGGUUACCAACAUGUGUAUGAUAAUUUACCUGACAUGGAUGCUGAUGGUGGAAGCUUCUUGAAUGUGAAAUAUAGUUCACUAAGCACUCGUAAAAUAAGUGACCUGCGAAAUAGGAAUGUGUCAGUGAAUCUGUGGGUUGUGAAUGAACGCUGGCUCUUCUCAUUGCUGUGGUGCUCUGGGGCCAGUUCUGUGACCACCAAUGCCUGCAACAUCCUCAAAAACAUGUCUCGGCCUGACUGGCAUUUGAAGCCUGUUGAGUACAUGUGUAUAUGGAUCUCAGCUGAUGUGAUAUCAGUGCUGCUGCUAUUUAGCCUGUUUCUUUUGCAAAGGAAAAGAAAGCAUGUUUCCCACCAAAGUACAUGGGAGAAAAAUGUCCCCCUCCUUGCACUCUGAUUUGAUGUCAUCCUUGUCAUGAAAGAGGUCUUUGCAUUGAUUUACCCUUUUGAAGGAUCGUAUGUGGUCAUUAUAUGUAAAUCAUGUCAUAUUAAAAGUUUCUCAAAAUGAAUUCACUAUUUGAGCUUUUAUGCAGUUUGAAUAUUGAUCAGUAUGAGACUGUAUAAUAAAGUGUACAAUGCUGCCACCCCUCGACAAAACUGUAAUUUCAGCCAUUUUCUUUGUCUUUCAUACAUUAAAAUCAGUUGUUUGCAUUUACACAGCACUUAUUUUUAAUAGUUUUAUGUUGUUUGUUAACUUUGUGAAUUUUUUUUAAAAAGAGAUUUUAUAUGUAAAUAUGUAUGUUUAUAUACAUAAACAUUUUGGUAAUUACAGGGCAGAUAAAUUCAGAAUAAUGCAAUUACUGUAUAACUCCAUUGAUGGUGUGUGCAUAUAUUGAUAAAAUGAAUAUUAGUAAACCAUGCUUUUUUUUAUUUUAUUUGAUUUCCUUGUAUGGCAAUUAGAAAUAAAGUUGUGUGCAUUUUAUAGAAUUAUUUUAUAAUUACAUUUUGCCAAUUGCAUUAAAGGUAUUUAAUAAAAUAACAAUUUCUAAUAAUUGACCACAAACACAUAAUAUUAUAUUGAUUUGUGAUGCAGUGUAGAAAAUGUGACUGACUCUUUUUUCUUAAAAGAUGAAAUUUUAGGAAUUAUUUCAUGAACUAAUUGUGUAAAAGCAGGUAAUUUGUACCAUGUUUUAUUCUAAUAAAAUGGAAAAGCCCAAGUGGCUCUCAA